UGCCUCUGUGACGUCAUAAGUCACGUUGCUUCUAAUGUGUGUGUCUGGAAAUGUCUGCUGGCUGGUAAUGGUGUUUUGUUCAAGUCUUUGUGCGUUCCAAUAAGAAUUAAUUCAUUCCAGUUUAAUUUGAAUUUGCUAAUGGCAAAUGUUAUAAUCCCUUCCUAAAUCUACUAUUAGUUACAGUAGAAGUGAUCAUAACCUCUCGUGAACUGUCAGUUUAUUCAGAAAGUGCGCCGCUGUAGAUUGUGAACGAUUUUCUCAGUUAUCACGUUUGCUAAUCAUAUCACUCAGUGUCACUGGAUAUCAACUUGUUUCAAAUAAUGGUGUGUGAAAAAUAUUGUUGUAGUGAUCACAAUGAAAUAAUGAUGUCUUUCUUGAAAUAACGUGGCGUGUAAUGACAGGUGAGGUGGUUCCAUCACAAUGCGGAUGGUCUCGGGGUCAGGACAUGAUGGGAGGAGGGAGAGGAGUGGGAGACAACAGAAUGCAGCGGAUACCGCAGGAAGGAGGAGGAGUGGGAGGAACCAAGAAACAGGCGGGAGGAGGGGGACAGAAGCAUACCGUGCACUGGUUCAGGAAGGGUUUGCGUCUUCACGACAAUCCCAGCCUUAGGGAGGGGCUGAGGAAUGCUACCACUUUCAGGUGUAUUUUCAUUCUGGACCCGUGGUUUACUGGGGCAUCCAAUGUCAGCAUCAAUAAGUGGAGGUUUCUGCUGCAAUGCCUGGAGGAUCUUGACAAUAGUUUGAAAAAGUUGAACUCUCGACUUUUUGUUGUCAGAGGACAACCAGCUGAUGUGCUUCCUAAAAUUUUUAAAGAAUGGGGAACGACAAACCUGACGUUCGAGGAGGACCCGGAGCCGUUCGGAAGGGUGCGUGACCAGAACGUGAUGGCAAUUUGCAAGGAAAUGGGAAUCACUGUCGUGUCCAGGGUCUCGCAUACUCUCUACAGACUUGAUGAUAUAAUUGAUAAGAACGGCGGAACAGCCCCGCUGACGUAUCGCAAAUUCCAGACGGUGGUGGCGUCACUGGAUGAGCCACCCAAGGCUGAACCCACUGUCACCGCAAAGGUGGUUGCCACGGCGGUGACCCCCAUCAAUGAAGACCAUGACGACAAGUUUGGUGUGCCUUCUCUCGAGGAACUUGGCUUUGACACAGAAGGCUUACUGCCUCCGGUUUGGCAAGGAGGGGAAUCAGAAGCCUUAGCCAGGCUUGAACGGCAUUUGGAAAGAAAAGCAUGGGUAGCUUCCUUUGGUAGGCCCAAAAUGACUCCACAAUCUCUUCUUGCAAGUCAAACUGGUCUGAGUCCAUAUCUACGUUUUGGAUGUUUGUCUACAAGACUGUUCUAUUAUCAACUGUCGGAUCUGUAUAAAAAGAUAAAGAAAGCAGCACCGCCUCCUUCUUUGCACGGUCAGCUGUUGUGGCGAGAGUUCUUCUACUGUGCGGCGACAAACAACUCCAACUUCGACCGAAUGGUCGGCAAUCCCAUCUGUGUGCAGAUACCGUGGACCAACAAUCCUGAAGCGCUUGCCAAGUGGGCCAACGGCCAAACUGGAUUCCCUUGGAUCGACGCGAUAAUGCAUCAGCUGAGGGAGGAGGGGUGGAUCCACCAUCUAGCCAGGCAUGCGGUCGCCUGCUUCCUUACUAGAGGCGACCUCUGGGUGUCCUGGGAGAAAGGAAUGGUGGUCUUUGAUGAACUGUUGCUGGAUGCCGAUUGGUCGGUGAAUGCAGGCAUGUGGAUGUGGCUCUCCUGCUCGUCGUUUUUCCAGCAGUUUUUCCACGUCUACUGUCCGGUUCGCUUUGGACGUCUUGCCGACCCCAGUGGUGACUUCAUCAGGAGAUACGUGCCCGCCCUGAAGAACUUUCCGUCGGCGUACAUCCACGAGCCGUGGAAUUGCCCUGUCGAGCUGCAGCGGAGUGCCAAGUGCAUAAUAGGCGAGGACUUCCCCCUCCCCAUGGUCAACCACGUGCAGGCGUCACGUGUCAACAUGGAGCGCCUCAAGCAGGUCUACAGUCGCCUCGCCGAGUUCCGAAACAAUAAUAUGCAUCUAAUGCGACCACUGCCCUCCCCCUCUGGCCCCACCACCUCCAACGGUGUGAUGACGAUGUUGAUGGACAACUGUGAGAUCUCCUCGCAGUCGAAUCACGUGGUCAAUGGCAUCAAGAACGAGAGGAACUCGAAAGAGUCCAUCGACAAGGCAAUGUUCAACACACCCUUUCUGCCCAAACACAAGGAUAAGUUGAAUCAGAAGCGGUUCAUUAUGCACAAGUGAGAAGAAGGAUAAUUGAAAGAGGAUUCGACGGGUGCGUUUUGAGGUUAUGUGUCUCGGGAGGUUUGAACGUGAAGUAUAGACCACUUCUGUCAUUGGCUGUGUAUUGUUUACACAAUGAAAUUAUGGACUUUUAAUAUUACGACUUAAAUUGAUGUGUAUAUAAUUAUAAUCAACGAAAACAAUGCUUUCAUUAGUAUAAAUAUAAUAUAAACCUACAGCUUUAAGUUAAGAUUUGACAAUGAUUGGUCAUGGUGUAAAGUGUUAUUCCAAAACUUAUAUAUUUUCCAUGUAUUGUAAUUUUUCAAUAUUAACGAUCUAUUCAACACGAUUUUUUUUAGAAGUUGGAUUUAUAAAUGUUUUUCAUGAAUCAUCAUCUUCGAUUUUUAAAUUUUUGGUAGGCCUACCCUAGUAUUUUGACUGAUUAUUAGUAGCCUAAUCAUUCUCAAAACUUUGAACUGUUAUUUUACAGUAUUUAAAAUGUAUUAUUGAAAAAGAAAUAGGAUUUGCAUUCAUGUUUUAGCUAUCCUAGAAUGGAGCCUUGG